AAUAGAGGCCAUCGACAUUCAAUUGACUUGUUUAUAGUAUUCAAAUAUGUGGUCAAUUGAAUGCCAUUAUAUUUGAAUGGAUGACCAACCAGUUAUGUUGACUACAUUAGUGACAAAUACGAUGGCAUUGAUUUGUGUGUAGAAUUGCGUCAGUUUUAAAUGUAAUGUUAUAUUGAAAGAGUGAGAGUCUAUGAGUAUAUGAGACACACAUUGUUUAGACAAACAGUUAAUCAAACGUGUGAUCAAUGGUUUGAUUGAAUGACUGACAGCAAUGACAUCGACCAGUAGUACCACUCAUCAGAUGAAUGGCAACAAUGAAGAAGACAAUGAUCUGAGCGACGAUGAGAUCCGAUAUUUGUCAUCCACUCGUGUGGCCACUCAUUUCACGGGCGAAGAUCUAUACGAAAGAGCGGGUAUUGAGAGACGAAAUGUGAUGAAGGGUUUGGAUAACAUAUCGGUGCCAUUGAAUGAAUACAAUGAAGGAAUGGUUGAUAUGAUGAUCGACAGAGACCACACUCAAGACUCUAAUCUCAAUAAUGUAUUAACCGAUUAUCAAAUUAAAUCAAUGGUCGACUCAUAUUUCGAUUCAAGAGAUGACAAUCAAUCAAACAAGUCUUGGGACAAACAAUCCGAUGAAGACAAUGAUGUCGAAGUCAUCGAAGAACCACAAAACUGGACACGAAGUGUCUUUUUACCGCCAAAACAGGACAUCGAGUACUUGGAAACGGACUUUCAAUACUAUAAUAUAGAUUUGAACGAAUCAGAGGACACUUAUCUUAAUUACUCUGACUUUUCUGCGCCAAAACCUUAUGAUUCGUACGAAAAGGCUUUUGGAUUUCAGAAGUGUUUCCUGAGUCGACUUAAGAAAAUCCAAUGUAAAGAUGUUAGACUUGAAUUGCAUUUGUGGCCGUCUAUUAUGAAAGGCAACAGUAUUUGUUGUGUUUCGGGACCAAAGAGUGGCAAAACUAAUACAUAUUUAAUACCACUUAUGAAUUGGUUUGAUUGUCAAGAAGAUACUGAGAUACAAAUAGAAGAAGCGGGUAUCGGAGCUAUUGUCAUAUGUAGUAACACUCGACAAACCUAUGAUAUCGCACGUCAAGCCAAACAAUGGCGAGACCCGGAUAUUAAAGAGUCACUUAAAGUUAUUUCAAUGAAUUCAUCCAAUGCUACCAAACUKUAUGCAUCUCUUGCAAAUGGUUGUGAUAUUUUGGUGACCACUCCCGAGCCAUUACUCAAAGCUAUUGAAGCCCAGAUUUUUGGAUGUUCGACAACCAAAUGCCUAAUUAUAGAUGAGGCCGAUGUUUGCCUUAAUAUUCAUUUAACAACAAUCCGAAAAAUUAUCAUUGAGUUUGCCAAACAAAGAUAUUGUAAAAAUGAUGAAAAUGAUAAAAAAGAUGUCUUAGCGUUUCAAACACUGGUAUUUUCAGAAAAAUGGACUAAAGGUGUUGAAUGGUUUGCUAAAGAGAUUCAGACACAUCCUGUUAUUUGUUUUGGCUCUUUCUAUGAACUCUCAAUCCUUUUUAAAGUUAAGUGCAAUCUUGUAAUAAUCAAUGAAGAACAGAGAGACGAAGCAUUGCAAAUGAUAUUGAAGAAUGCAAUUAACCAAAAACUGAUGAGAAUAGCCGUCAUUUUUAGAACAAUAGAUGAGUUAAAAUUUGUUAAACGAUUGUUAAGCAAAUCAUUUAAGACAAGAACAGUGACUCAUUUGACUCCACAUUAUGAGGUCGAAGAGAUUCGUCGAGUCUGGAAAAGCGGUGAAUAUAUUCUGUUAAUUAAUGAUAAGGCUAUCAAACAAGUGGCGGGAUUUAAAAAGUGUCAGUUCAUUGUUCACUAUAAACUUCCAGAUCAUUUUGAUAAGACAUUUGGCGAUAGAUUUCAAUUAAUGAAAGAUUACUUCAAGAAAUAUAAGACAGUAUUCAAUGUUCAAAAUACAGAUAAACUAAAUCAAUAUAUUAUUUUCAGUCCUGAAGAUAAGCAACACAUGGCUCAUAUGAUUUCAUAUAUGAAAAGAAUGAGAAUUAAAAUUCCCAAUGAGUUGACUAAUAUUUGUGAUUUACCCGUUUGUAAUGUAUUUUCAUCAUUAAAUGACUGUCCUUUUGAAUCAUAUGACUGUCCAUAUAUGCAUUCUUUUGCCACAAAGACUGUUUCAGUUCCAACAUUGCCAUCAAAUGGUCAAAUAAAAAUAACAAUCACUUAUGUGUUGAAUGCCAAUGAAUUCUACUUUCGGAUAAUUGAAUUUCGUAAUGAAUGUCAUAAAUCUGGUCGAUGGCAGAAAUAUGAUGUAAUUUAUGAACAAUUAAGUAGAGAUCUGAUUUCACUCAAAGAUAUGUCAUAUAAUACUAUUUUGUUUAAUGAAUUAUCUGACGUUGAAAUUUAUGGCAUUUCAAUUCGUGGACAAGUAUUCAGAGUUUGUUUAACUAAAAUUCUGGGCAAAGAUGAUCUCAAUUUUUAUGAAGACUACAAUUCCAAUGAUUACAGUCAGAAAGUCGAACUUUUUUGCAUUGAUUUUGGCCACAAAUUGCGAUCGAAUUCACGACAAUUGUUUAAACUUCCGGCUCAUCUUAAGACACAUCCAGGACUUGCAUUUAAAGGAUACUUAUGUGGAAUAAAGCCCAUCGACAAUGAGAUUCAAUGGGAUUUUAGAAGUACUCAAAAGUUGUAUGAUUUGGUCGAUAAUUUCAGAAUAAGUCAAAUCACUGCUUGGAUUCUUAAACAAAACAAUGGAGUCUUUUGGUUAAAUCGAAUGAAUGUUCAAAAGAAAAUGAAAAACACAAAAGUAAAACUCGAAACAAAUAUUAUUGAUUACAUGACUAAACAUAAAUUUGCCGAAAAUAACAAUAAAAAGUUAUUAAAUGUUAACUUUGAUUAUAACAAGAUUACUAACAUUUGGUAUAACUUUCUUCUCAAUUCUGUGGCCUUUAAUUCGUGUUUAGUCGACGAAACCACUUAUGUUGUGGUCAGUGAUUGGGUUUCUACUGAAGAAUUUUAUGUUAUUAUCGAGAAUAGAGUCAAUCGAUUGCAACAAUUAGAGGAUAAAUGGAUGUCUUGUUUGAAUACUUUGAGACCAUUGACUGAAAUCAUUGAACAACAGAUCUGUUUUUAUAAAUUUUAUGAUAAAGUUUAUAAUGAAAGUACAUUAAAUAGGGCCAAAAUAUUGGUCAUAAACGGUGAUAAAGUAGAUAUAUUUCUUGUAGAUCACGGCCAAACUGUUCGCAAUGUUUCAAAAGAUAAUUUGUAUUUAAUUCGUGACAUAUAUCUCAAAGAGUUGCCCUUUCAGGCUAUUAAAGUGUCUCUAUUUGGUGUAAAACAAGUGAGCAAAGAGAUAACUUACGACCAAAUCUGUGAGUUGACUCGUAAUGAUGACGACCAGUAUUUGAUGGCAAUCGCACAGAAAAAUAUCUUAGAAGAGUCAUCUCAUAUGAUUCGUCUUUUUCUGGCCGACAAUAAAAAAGAAACCGAAUUCACAGCUUUAAGUAAGCUUUUAGUAGAUUUAGGUUUAUGUGAAUUCAUUGAUAACGAAAAUAAUAAUCUACUAAAUCUUGUCAUUGAAAGAGAUAGUAAUGACUCCGAUGAAGAAUCUAAUGAUUUUAUUGAUAGAAUUGAUAAUGAAUUGACUGAUAAUAUGAUUCAGGAUUGGGUUCUUAAGUAUAUGGAUUUGAAUGAAAAUGAAGACAUUGAUUGUACUCUUAAGAAUAAAAUAAUUAAUGGUUCCGUCAAAGAAUCGCGAAUAAGCAAAAAGAUGAGACAAUUAAGAGAUCUUAAGCGCAAUCAAAAUGGUGUUGAUAGCGAUGAAUCAGAUGAAGAAAAUUCAAUGACUACUAAUAAAUAUUUGCCAUCAAUUGAUUUGUCUAAUUAUAAGCCAUACGAUAAAAGCCAACCCAUCUUAGCCUACGAUCCCGACGAUGAUCUCGACAAUGACUCACUUCAUAGCGAUGAAGACAAUGCCAUUGAUGAGUACGACUUGUCGUAAACUUAAAUUCAAUUCACUUGAAUUCACUGCCAUUUAUCACAAAUUUCAAAUCACUGCCAAUUAGUAAAAGUCUAAUCUUUUAAUUAACAAAUUUUAAUCACUAUAGCAUUUAUAUAAUUGUUUUAUAUUCUCUAAUAUUAU